AUGGCUUAUGUGGCACGCCGUCUCUUCACAACCACCACAUGCCGGCGAGCUUCUGGCGCAGAAGCAAGCGCAGAGAUCUUCGAGCGAUUUGGCAAUGGAAAGCCAGUUUCGAUCAGGAAGCAGGUCCUCGACGCGAAUCAACUUCAAUUGCUGAGCAUUACACUGGACCGCACACCAUCGUCAAACAACCCACCGCCGGAGGGUACCCCUGUUCCUCCUGGAUACCAUCUCGUCUACUUCACGCCGAGCAUCAUCGAAUCUGAACUUGGCCUCGAUGGCACAGACCGCACCGUCAACCCCCUCGCGCCAUACACACGACGCAUGUGGGCUGGUGGUGAAUUAACAUGGGCGCAAGACCCCAAUGCGUUGCUGAGAGUGGGUCAGGAGGUACGCGAAACCACCAAACUACUGUCUGCAGAACCAAAGAAGCUCAAGAACGGCGGAGAAAUGCUGGUCGUUGGCGUGAAGAAGACCUUUGAGAACGACCAAGGCAUCGCACUCGUAGACAAGAGGAACUGGAUAUUCCAGAAGGAGGUCACGCCAGAAAUCCCAUUGACGCCCCCACCAAAGCCGGGAGAAAAGUCCAUGCCGUCAGGAGAGCACACGAGAGACUUCUGUCAAUCAGAUGUGACUUUGUUCAGGUUCUCAGCGUUGACUUUUAACGGACACAAGAUCCAUUUCUCGCCAGAGUGGUGCAGGCAAGUUGAAGGGCACAGGAACUGCGUGGUGCAUGGCCCCCUCAAUCUGAUCAACAUCCUCGAUUUCUGGAGAGACACAGCAAAGGGCGGAAACUCGGAGGCAGCACCGAAGUCGAUCGCAUAUCGUGCAAUGUCGCCGUUGUACAUGGGGGAGCCCUACCGGAUACUGCUUGGACAGGGUGGUGCAAGUGGGCAAAGCAGUGGGAGCGGCGAAUGGAAUGCAGACAUCUGGGAUAGCUACGGGAAGCAGAGCAUGAAGGGAACGAUCAAGGCACAAUGUGAAUAUGUCACUAGCUUAGCUGCAGUGUUCAUCGCAGCGAUGGUGGGGACUGACGGUGCGGCACUCCCACUGGUAGCGGCAGGGUACAUCAACAUCAGUUUCAGAUACACAGGACUGUGGCACCGUCUGUGCGGGUAUGCCGUUGAUCGACAAGUUGGGGAGCGUGGGGUCGCACUCGGCCUCAUAGAGGUACUGGACAAGGAGCCUGACCAUAGAAGGAUCGUUGUCUGA